AUGGCUGCAGACCAGUGCUGUCCUCCUCCUAAGGGCUGGGUUGAGGUUCCUUCUCCUAGUAGACAUGGCAGGACUGAAGUCAGGAAAAAACAGCAGUGUGACAUUAUCCUGUACGGUGGAACAAAGAAGCUGCGCAGCACCAUCCGGCGGAGCACAGAGACAGGCAUCGCGGUGGAGAUGAGGAACCGGGUCACACGACAGGGCAGUAAGGACUCAACAGAUGGCAGCACCAACAGCAACAGCUCUGAUGGGACCUUCAUCUUCCCCCCCACUCGCCUCGGCCCUGAGAGCCAGUUCAGUGACUUCCUGGACGGUCUCGGUCCCGCUCAGAUAGUGGGGCGGCAGACAUUAGCCACACCGCCGAUGGGUGAUGUUUACAUCGGUGUGGUGGAUAGAGGGGGUCAGUUAGAGGUCGAGAUCACACAGGCCCGAGGUCUGACCCCUAAACCAGGCUCAAAGAACAUUCCAGCAACAUAUGUAAAGGUUUAUGUCCUGGAGAAUGGAAUGUGUCUCGCUAAGAAGAAAACCAAAGUGGUGAAGAAAACCCUGGAUCCAACCUUCCAGCAGUCCCUGAUGUUUGACGAGAGCCCGCAGGGGAAAGUGCUGCAGGUGAUCGUGUGGGGCGAUUACGGCCGCAUGGACAGCAAGUGUUUCAUGGGAAUGGCUCAGAUCCUCCUGGAUGAUCUAGACCUGACAUCGAUGGUGGGCGGCUGGUACAAGCUCUUCCCCACCUCCUCUCUGGCAGACCCCAGCAUCGGCCCCCUGACACGCCGACUCUCCCAGUCCUCGCUCGAGAGCGCCACCAGCCCCUCGUGCACCUAGAAACAUCCACAUCCCCUUCUAAAUAUGCCUGUCUUCUCUAUCUCUACGUGUGUAUCUUCAUUCAAUAUACCCCGUCACUGACCCCAAACACAUGAACACACACCCUGAUAGAUAGAGCCAACUCGCCCCGGGGCUGGAACGCUCCUCUUUACCGAUACAGAUAUUAAGAGUUGGAUACAAAUCAGGCAUGACACAUAACACACACACACACAAACAGAUCCUCGCAGAUGGAUAUGGGUGUAACCAGCAACAUGCCGUCAUAGGGUUGUGAAAAAUCAGUCACGGCUAGUUACAUACAGAUCCACUGUCUGCAGGUCAACCGAUAGGGGCAUUUAAUAAACCCGCCGAGAAAUAUUCCUGACAAUGUAGCAUUCGUGUUGACGUCACGUCACACAGGAAGCAGAGUGGGUUUUCCAAGACUAGUAGUUUCCAGACAUUUCUCUAUGCCAAACCCGAUCAAAAGUUGUAUUUUUUAAAAACCAAAGCAAUUCUUAUUAUCUGUAGUGUUAUAUUAUAGAGUAUGGAUAUGUAGCAGAGUCAGUGACUUAGAUGAAAUGCAAAAAACAAACACGUGUUAGAAAAACUCGUAAGGUGCGGUCAUGUUAGCGAGAUUUUGCCGGCAAAGGAAUCCGUUUUCAGUUGUCGACAGUGUAGCGUCGUAUUAAGUCACUGUCAUACCAAGAAACUUUUGGCGUGGCAAUUUUGUGACCAACACAAAGAUUAACGAAACAUGCAUUGUGACUUUUUCGCCCUUGCGCGAAAUGUUUUGCUUUAGAAAUGACUGUAAUUCGCCUGUAAAAUUUCGGUAAAUGUGAUCGUACCUCUAGACUACAUUCAUAAUUAAACUUAUAAAGGGCAGGGCUUUACUCCACAUGUUAGGUUAUUUAUUAGAAAUGCACACAAUUCCUGUCGCAUUAAAGUAGCGUAUUCUUUGUUUUCCUUUUAGGAGAGCUGAAUAAAUAAAUAGAUAGAUCGAUGUUUAUGUAUUUAUUGACUGCAUUCUGCACGUUAACUCGCAACCCUUGUUGAGCAAAAUAUGUAAAGUACUAUUUUAAGCUUGCCUUUAAAAUUACGUAGACUUAUAGAUGGUAGGUUAUUUAUUUUGCUAAUGUUUCAAUCGCACUUUUUGUCUGAACUGAGUUGCAGACGUAAUCGAGGGAAUUGAGCCCUCUGGAGGAGAACCAACUGUCCUGUUAAACCAGCAACCCUCACACACAGCUGCAUUGUGGGAUAUGCCGAACGGUGUCCGCUGGAAAACAAGAAAACUUUUCUUGUAGCAAGUAGCGAAGCUUUCUGGGAAGUUGAAGCCGCAUUAGACUUUACCGCCUCAAGUAGUUUUGGGUUUCUUUCUACCAGCAUUUGGAACUGUUAAAGGCCUUUUCCCGUUUCCUGUUACUCUCAGGAGGUCACGCUGAACUACAAAACACACACACGCAACAAGAUGAGGACUGGUGAUGGGGUCGCUCUCUCAACAGGAUCUUGAUGCCCAAAUCAAAUGGUAUUCUAUAAAUUCCUGGACACUUUUUUUUUUUUUUUGGUCUUUCUAACCAUUGUGACUAUUCCUGUCCAAUCAGCAGUCUUCUUUAGCUUCGUCUCUGAAGCUGAGUGGCUCUAGACGGUUUCUUCAGUGGAUCUUCGGGGUUAUGGAGACUUGUGGAAGGAAAGCAGCACUGUAGGUAAAAAACGAAGUAUUCAUCUCACUCUUGUCAGCCUCCUAGAUUAGAUUUCAUAGCUUCUCUGAACCUAUCAGAGCCGGAGAAGGUCUCAUUCAUAUCAUAUAAUCUGUGUACCAGUUUAUUCAUGUCAAAUCAGUCACAUCUUCUGCAGAGGUGAUGCCAUUUGUGACACUAUCAGUAAGAGCCAGAACAUUAUUCAUUUCAAAAUUCCCUUAUGGAUCAUUUGCCAAAUCAUUAAAGACGUUUGUAUAAUUUAGUCUGUUUAAUCUCUCUUGAUGGAAGCGCACAAGCACUAUUGUUUGAUUCUCUGUUUUGCAUCACGAUGUUGUAGAUAGAUCUGCUUUUAAAGGCGGAUUAUGAGACCGUCAGCAAACCAUUUAAUCUGAUUUAUCAUUUUGAAUGCAUCAGUGUUUGAAGUAUUUUUGUACUGUUUUGUACAUGUUUUCUGCCAAUGUCACAGCUACACUGGUCAAGAUGUACAGCACAAUAUGACAACAUUUAUCUGGAUGUUCAUAAGAAAGUGUGCCUCACAUUCCAUACUUUCAAAAUCUCUUGUUUUUAUUAUCCUAGGCCAUAUCAUAAGUGCACUUUACAGUACAUGAACACAUUUCAAAGCAUUGGGUAAGAUGUAGAUACUAUAAAAUGAAUGGUGGGUUCAUAUAGAGAUUUCUCUUUAAAUCCUGAGAAACAUUUAGUCAUUACUUAUCCCUUUAUUUAUCUUUUCUCUGUUCAUAAGACAAAGAAUCUUUAAGGACAAUUUCAAGUUUUAUUUUUACGUGAUUACAAAAUCAGCUGAAUCAGAAGACACAUUGUGCACACUUAAUAUAUUUGCAUUUUAAUUGUUUCUGUAAGGUCAAACUUAUAAGUUGGACUAAAUAAUGCGACUUUACACUUUCUUAAUUUCACACGAAAUUGGCAAAAUCUGUAUUUUACCCAUGCCAGAUUGAACAUAUUUAAAAUAUUUUACUUUUCAGCCCAUCGGUUGUUCAAGCUCGGAGGUUUUGCCUUUAAACAUGCAAAAAGAGUUUCUGCUAUCUUUCACACGUCUUGCUUCUUUUUUAUUUGCACAAGUCUGAUUGUGUUGCACCUUUGUCUUUUUCACUAACAGACAAAUGUCUGAACAUUAAAUUAGGAACAAAAAAAUGACUCCUUAAUUCUAAUUCAAGAUGAAAUUGUAUUACUGUACUGAAAACAAAUUGUAUUUGCAACUGAAUGUUUGUCCUUGGUAAACACACAUGAAAUGACUAUUAGAUAUUGGUAUAUUUUCUAUGUGACUUGGGAAUUUGGGAUAAUAUACGUAUCCCCUUUACUGUACAGUGAAGUAGUUAUAAAAUCUUACUGGUCUUGCAUUUUUGCAAAGAGUCUGAAUGCAUGAAAAUUUGUACUGUAUUGCUCUAUUUUUUUUAGGUGUAGUGGAUGGAUGUAGAUUGUUGCAGUCCAUAGCUAAACCAAAUGCAACAUUGACAAAAAAAAUAAAUAAAAAAAUCUAGAUUUGCCGCUUCCA